AUGUGUGACGUCCCUUUCAUUCCGAUCUUCCCUAUCUGUUUCCAAUGCGGCACUGAUCAGAAUCCGUGUCGCUGUAAGGUGGUUGGGCCGACACUUGGGUUUUUCACUACUAUUGUGGCAGCGAUCUUCUGCUACCCUCUAUCGAUCUUCUGUGGUUGCGGCUGCACUCAAACUGGAAAGGACAUGCUGGGAUUCCCUGUCAAGCUAAACCAAAAGAUCAGUAAUGCCAUUCCAUUCUGA